AUGUCACGGUCAGCUAAGGCGCCUGCGGGUCCGCUCCUGAUCGGCGUGUCUGCUGCAAACGGCCUGACCAGCCCCGUCGACGCUCCAAGCAUUCGAAAUACACCCAUACCCAUGCUUCGACGCCAGUGCGAAGGUCGCACUCGCAUAGGGCUCACAGCGCCCGACGCGCCCAGACUCUGGCUCUGGCGGGCCCGGCGGAGCGAGUGCGCUAUCUAUAGCCAGAGAUCUGUAUCAACGCCGGAUGGAGGCUUUCGUGUCUGGACGCGGACGUGGAAAGUGCAUCUGUACGCACCGGCAGACUCCGCGGGCACUGGCUUCAAGUUCACACGCGCGCCGCUGCGCGAACGGCCGACGGAGGACGGCGCAAGCCCUGCGUGA